AUGAAAGAACAAGAGAUUUCUCAUGAUGAAAAAAUUGGUAAAAAAUAUAUUUACAAGAAAAUGAAUAAAAAACAGAUGAAUAAGAAAAAAAAAGAGAUAGUUAAAAAAUGUAAUAAAGUUAAGAAAAAUGAAAACAUAGUUUUUGAAACAAAUGACUCAAAUAUUAUAAAAAAUAAUAAUUUAGAUGAAAUAAAAAAUGAUAUAAAUGAAUGUAUUAAAGAUGCCAUACCUAAGAGAAUACCAAAUAUUAGUAGAGAUUUAAAAAUUGAUUUGUUUGUAGCUAUUCCUUCAACAAUAAUAAAUAACAAAAGUGAUGUUAUUAAAUCAUAUUUGUCGAGCUAUUUAGCAAGAAUAUUCACAAUUUUUUCAAUUUCGAAAAUAUAUAUAUAUGAUGAUCAGUUAAGAAAUGAAAACGCAAUAAAAGCGCAAAAAAAUGAUUUCAUUAAUGAAAAUAGUUAUAAAAGAAAUGAAAAUAAAAAUAAUAAUGAUAAGAAUGAAGAAAAAAAUAAUAGGAAAUAUAACAAUAAUAACCAAGGAAGUAAUAAUGAUUCAAUAAAUGAAACUAUAAAAAAAAAAUCUUAUGAAUAUUCAUAUUUAUGUAAAUAUUUGCAUUAUAAUUUGCAAUAUUUAGAAACUCCACAGUAUUUAAGAAAACAUUUAUUUCCUAUAACCAAUUUCUUAAAAAAUUCUGGAAUUAUGAAUCCAGUAGAUGCACCACAUCAUUUAAGAAGUGAUGAGUGGCUUCCAUUUAGAGAAGGAGUAGUCAUAAAAAAAGAAUCUAAAGGGAUUAUUGUUGAUGUUGGAUUAUUUUCAAAUGUCUUCAUAAAAGAUGAAAACUAUAUAGACACUGGGACAAGAGUUACAGUAUUAUUGAAUUCAGAUUCUUUUCAACUUUUUCAGAAAAAGAAUUCUAAAAUCUUAUUACCUGGAAAGUUAAUUCAUCCAACAAUACCUAAAUUAUUUAAUUUAUAUUGGGGAUAUUCUAUAGAAAUUUUAAAAAAUGUCAGUGAUAUUUUUAAUUUGCCAGUUGAUUAUAUUAUUGGAACCUCAGAAAGAGGAAAUAAUAUAAGUGAUUCAAUUUUAUCAUUUAAAAAUAUAAAAUCAGUACUUAUUGUUUUUGGAAAUAAAGAUGGAUUAGAAAAUUUGUUAAUUAAAGAAAAAGAAGAAGAAAAAAAAAAAAAUUAUUCUACUGAAAAAAAAAUCAAGGUAUUAAAUAAAAUUUUAAAAAAAUUUGAUUUAUUUAUUAAUACAUGUCCCUUUCAAACAUCACGAACAAUAAGAACUGAAGAAGCAAUAACUAUAACUUUAUCAUUGUUACAUAAUAUUCUCAAAUAA